GCCAAGCACCUGGUGCCCGCUCAGGCACCGUAUCCUUUUGCUUUCUGUCCCCAACUGUCAUUUAUUAAACUUCAAUUUUCACAGGAGAGUGAACUUCGUUUUUCACAGUCCGAAGCAGGGCCAGGAGCUGGAUGCAAUGAUCCUUGAGAAUUCCUUCCAACUCAGAAUAUUCUGUGAUUGUGUCUGACCUGACGAAUAAUGUUUCCAACAUGUCUGUGCAGUCACUGCUUUGUGAAAGAAUUGCUGUUGCCAAAGACUUGAUCAAGAGAACAGAAGCCCUUUCCAAGUCCCAGAAGAGGAGAAUAGAAGGUGGGGCAAAGCUAUGUAGCAAACUAAAGGCUGAGCUGAAUUUCUUACACAAGGUGGAGGCAGGGAAGGUGGCCAUUAAAGAAUCCCAUCUGCAGAGUACAAACCUUACCCACCUCCAAGCCAUUGUUCAGUCAGCAGAGAACCUGGAGGACGUUGUCAGUGUCCUCCAUGUUUUUGCUUAUGAGGACAGGUUUGGAGACAAACAGACGCUGGUGGUAGAUGUUGUUGCAAAUGGAGGUCACACAUGGGUGAAGGCCAUCGGUCGUAAAGCUGAGGCCCUGCAUAACAUCUGGCUGGGAAGAGGCCAGUAUGGUGACAAAAGUGUCAUUGAGCAGGCAGAGGACUUCCUGCAGGCAAGCCAUCAGCAACCAGUGGAGUACAGCAAUCCCCAUAUCAUCUUUGCAUUCUACARCAGUGUGUCCAGUCCUAUGGCAGAGAGGCUCAAGGAGAUGGGAAUAUCUGUGAGAGGAGACAUCGUUGCUGUGAACUCAUUGGUAGAACCAUCAGCAGAAAACAAGCAUCUUAACAUCAGUGAAUCAGAUGAAGAAGGCCCUGAACUCCUGCAGGUGACCAGAGUAGACCGGGAGAAUUUAGUGGCCAGCAUUGCUUUCCCUACCCAGAUCAAAGUAAACGUCUGCAAUAGAGUCAACUUGGACAUCACUACCUUAAUAACCUACGUCUCUGCACUGAGCUAUGGUAGUUGCUACUUUGUCUUCAAAGAAAAAGUGCUGACAGAGCAAGCAGCCCAAGAAAGGAGGGAGAGAGUCCUGCCUCAGCUAAAGGAAUUCAUGGAGGGAAAAGAGCUCUUUGCCUGUGAAUCUGCUGUCAGAGAUUUUCAGUCCAUCUUGGAAACGCUGGGAGGACCUGGAGAGAAAGAGCGAGCUGCAUUGCUUGUUAAAAGAAUUAAUGUGGUGCCAGAUCAGCCAUCUGACCGUGCCAUAGGACUAGUGGCUAGUUCAAAAAUCAACAGCCGCUCUCUAGCCAUUUUUGGGACAGGAGACACUUUAAAAGCCAUCACCAUGACUGCAAAUAGUGGGUUUGUGAGGGCAGCAGCCAACCAAGGUGUUAGGUUCAGUGUUUUUGUCCAUCAGCCACGAGCAUUGACAGAAAGCAAAGAACCUUUUGCCACACUUUUACCAAAAAGCUGCCCAUCUGAUAAUGGAAGUUAGUAAUGUAAGUACUACUGGUGUUGCAGUAGAGGCAUUUGGAGAAACAAGAAUCAGAGCAAUACAGUUUUGGGUGUGUAUCAGUGACAACAACUGGCAUGGAAGAGCUCCUCAAGGGAUUUGUCUUUACACCUUCCUAGAGGUUUUGUUUUUGUUCAGCUGACCAUUAAUUUAUUCAUGGAAGUAAUAAGAUUUCAAUGAAAAUUGUUAACUGGCUUACAAUGUAUUAAUUGUAUCCAUCCCUAUUAAAAAGUUCAGUUAAAGCACA